AUGCUUGCCAAUGGCGUGGUAGCUCACGAAGCGGUCGUGCUGCUGGCCAAAGCCGCCACCGAGGCUCUCGACGCCUGGCAGACAGUGUUAGCCGCCGUCGACUUGGACGAUGCAGGUACGUACGGCUCGGGGGCGCUCCACACACACGGUCGCAAGGAGAUCCGCGUCCGCGCCCUCCACCCGAUCGAGACUAAGGUCAGCUGUGGGCUCUGGCCGGCGCCGUCGACGCUUCUGCAGGCGCUCCGCACGACGCUAGCGCCAGCUCAGCCUCGAAAGGUCAACAAGGAGGCUCCUGCGCUGGCCGAGGCGUCGACCGACACGGCGCGUGCCUGGACGUUCCUGCCCGUCGCAGUCUCCGAGGCCGACGACAAGCUACUCUUCGAGCUUGAGGUGAAGUUCAAGCUCUGGGCGCGGCCCAUGGAUGUGCUUGGUAUCGUGCGGCGGCUGCGCAACGCGGCGAUCAUCGACUCUCCGCCCCAAGUCUUCUUGCAGCGCCCGGCGACGCUCUAA